UAGAUGCGCUUAGGGUUGUUUCUGCCAUCUCGAACUCUACUUUGUGACUCCCACCGGACCAGGAAAAUGUACGCGGCUGUUACGCUCUUCGUCUUCAUGUGCUUGACUGCCACCACCCAUGCAGAUCAUCACCAUCAGCCUUGUCAUGCACCCAAUAUGACAGGAUUCAUGUCUGUGAUAUCCCUAAAGGGUGAAAUGAAAGCAUAUGGAGCAUUCACCUAUGAUUCAAUGGGCAAGAAACUGCGAUUCAGAUCAAACGAGAGCCACCCCUCAAACACAUCACUAGGUCUGGAUCUGCUGAUGUUUUUCGAUGAUGGAGUAUUCUACGAGAUUGACAGCAAAAACCAGAGCUGUGAGAAAAAAGCAUUGCAAUGCACCCAGCACCCCCUAGAUAUUCCCGAUGAUGCAACAUUUGUGGCUACGGUCAACUGUGGGAGUCCAUCCAUUGAAGGCGAGGGAUUGAAAGCCAAUGUAUGGACAGGAACAAUGUCAGACAAGAAAGGUCACUACUCCAUGAGUGUGACCAUGGGAUGUUUGCCAGUGUGCACACUGUACUUCCAGGAGUCCUCAUCAUUCAUUAUCAGCCUCACAGAGGUUGAAAUCGAGAUCAAGGAUCCUGACCUCCUCACCGUGCCCACCUUUUGUCUGGGACAGCCUCUGGAGGAGACACCUGAAGGGACGGUCCAUAGCUUCCUCAACGAGUUCAUGUAGAUGAAACCCUGCCAGCAGAAAAUCAAACCCCUAUUCAAGUGUGGGCUGCCAGAACCUUAGACUUUUCUCUGCUUUUUUAAUGUGUGACUCGAGUUUUUCGUGUGACACUGCACUACAUCACAUCUGUUUCAAUCUUCCACUCCCCUAUGAAGCUGUGGCUUUGAAUGGAUCAUCCUGUAUACAUACACUUUGAUGUAAAGGAAAGAGAUAUGACAUGGAUUAUAGAAUUAGUCAUAAUUACUAACAGUAUGGUGGCUCUUCAUGUUGGUAUUGCAUACAAAACCUGUAAGAUAUGAUUAAUGGAACAAUAAAAUGUCAAAGCUG